GUGGCGUGAGCUCGAGUGUGCGUGUAUAUUGCUAUAUAAGAAGCAGGCGAGAGUCAUUCGCCUGAGCAGCUGUCUGUGCGCGCGUGUGUGUGUGUGCCCUUAAACGGUGCGCGGUUUGGAGGCUCGGCACUGCGCGAUUGCCCAGCUGCGUCUCGGGGUUUCCAAGACGGCAUCCGCGCCUCGGCAUUGCGCAUCGAAUCCGUGCAGAACUCACAAACUUUACGGCAGCAAUCGCAGACGCAACGCGAGGACAAUCGUGCCGCCGCGCUUAUUUCAAACGAAUUCCUGCGCCAGUUUUACGUCGACGAAAUGGCAGUGACUCGCGAAGGGUUCCUCGUGAAAAGGGGUCACGUUGUUCACAACUGGAAGGCUCGCUGGUUCGUCCUGGACUCGAACCAGAUCCUUUACUACCGGAGAGAGGGAGGGGGCAGCCCCAUGUCCCUGAAAGGCUCCUUCCCACUGCAAGGGGUCACGGUUGAAUCCCCCUGCCUGGAAUUCAGCAACCGCACCACGGUGUUCAAGCUCCAGGUGCCGGACAAGGGGAGCUUCUACCUGCAGCCGUCGAGCCGCGAGGAGCGCGACUCAUGGGUUGCGGACAUCCACGCGGCGUUGGGCAUCUCGGUCGGGGGCAGCCCCAACAGCCCCCCGCAGUCCCUGACUCCCUCACCCCAAGCACACAGCCCAUCGCUGACCGGGCCCAAUGUCAACCUCGCGGAGUUGGUGGAGAAGAUGAAGGACACCGCGCUGGGGAUCGCGUCCGAGUCUCAUCACGAGCAGAGCGUCACCUACCGGCACUGCUUCACAGGGGCGAGCGUGGUAGACUGGCUGCUGGCACGUGGGGUGGCGCCGUCUCGCAACGAGGCCGCCCUGCUCGCCUCCAUGCUCCUGCAGGGUGGCCUCCUGGAGGCGACCAGCAGUCGCGGGAGGGCGGCCGCCUCCCUGCCCGAUCUCGCCCAGCGCUUCCUCGACGGAUCCGAUGCGUUCUACUGCCUGUCUGAAAACAAUAGCAAAUUUGGCACGGAGCUUACGGCCAAAGAGAUCAUCAACGGAAUCUCAUUCUCCGGGAAGAUCAUUCUGCAGGGUUACCUGAUGAAACAGGGACAUCGGCGUAGGAACUGGAAAGUGAGAAAGUUUAUCCUGAGAGAAGAACCCUCUUACCUGCACUACUAUGACCCCACCAAGGAGAGAUCCGAGCGCCCUCUGGGGGGGUUCCCCGUCCGGGGCUGCCUGGUCACGGCGCUGGACGACGGAGGGGUGCCUCCCGGCGUAAGGGGGAACGUGCAGGAUAACCUUUUCGAGGUGAUCACGGCCGACGAGGUCCGAUUUUAUCUGCAGGCUGCGUCGGCUUCUCAGCGCAGCGAGUGGAUCCGGGCCAUCAGGCAGCUCAGCUGAAUGCACUUCGCCCUCCGUCAGGGCCACCACGCCGCCAGCGCUCGGUUCUGCAGCCCCACGUGUAACCCUCUCAACACGCGCUCCGAAUCUGUAGCAGCGAGCGCUGCGUACGCUCACCUGUCGUCUGCAAUCAAAAGGACGCUCCAACAUAUUCGUCAAUCGCACUGCCCUGAAACGAACGUGCCGCGAGGAAGGGUCAUUGCUUGAAACGUCGUCUGUUUUAUGUAUUAUUAUUAUUGAGGCCCGCAGUUUUAUUGAUGAAUGUGUUGAUUUGCUUUGUUGAUUGUGCUUGGGCAGCAGCAUCACCAAAUGAUUUGUUUGUGCAUUAGCUCCGUCCAUAUGUCUGGUGGAGGGGACCAGGAUAACUCGUGAAGAUGAUGCAAUGUGCACGCUACUUUAGUAUAACACAUGCGUUGCUAUUGGGGAAUCGCCCUGUAGAUAACUGACAACAUUUAUCAAAGGUUCAAAGGUCAAAUCCUGGCGACACAAACCCAGAGCACAGAGCACUUAUUUGUAAAUAUGCAAACACGUAUGUAGCCCCGCUCAGCUACCCGUCGUCUUCUGUACCGUCGAUUAAAUACCUCCCGAUGACAAACGCGCACAUUUGGAAAGUGUUACGCGUAAUCCAGCGCGAAGGCAUGAUUUUUUGUCCAUUGCCAGUUUCACCGGGAAAGCCGCAACGAGUCUCAGAACCCCAUUUAUUUCAGGAGGGUCCUGCUACACUGGGAUGUUUGGUGGCCAAUUCCAUCGGUGGGCGUUUGGCUUCAUGUUUGAAGAAACGGGAGAAACCGGAAUAAAUGCCACGUGUUAUAUAGAAGCCGUGUUAUAUUGAAACCCUGUUAUAUAGAAACCCUGUUAUACAGACACCGUGGUAUAUAGAACCCGUGUUAUAUACAGAAACCGUGUUAUAUAGAGACAGUGUUAUAUAGAAAACGUGUUAUAUAGAAACGGCUUAAACAUUUGACGUUUAGCUCAGAUAGGCAAUUAUAACCGUGGCACCCAGAGAGUGGCGACCAAAGGGAAACAAAUCUAAAGCCGGAAGUUGGUAAGCGACUUGCAGGAUGAAGACCUUCCUACACCCUGUCGGUUGUGGGGGGUCGUUUGACCAUACUUCACCACACCGGUUCGUGCAUGAUUGGUGAAGGGGGUUGUGGAGGGGAGCACAGGACCGGUUCGGGUAUCGCUCGCCACUUAUGUUAGCCGUGGCCAGGAAUCGAACUCAGGUUUCUGGGCUCAUAGUGCAGUGCAAUAACCACUGCAAUCACCAUAAACUGAUUUUCACUCAUUAUUGUUAUAUAAAAGUUAGGCCUGUAAUCUGCAUAUGUUACUAUCGUGUAUUUAUUAAACUUUUUUU